CUCAGCGGGCAACAGCCCCGCCUGCCCGGCACAGACGUGGAGGCGACUGACGUCAUAAGAAGGCGCCAGCAGAUCCGGAGGCGGUGGCGGGGAGUGCACGUGGUCCCCAAGUUGAAAACUUUCAAGUUAGGCCAUGGACACCCCACUAAGGCGCAGCCGGCGACUUGGGGGCCUAAAGCCUGAGUCCACCGAGAAGCGAACCUCUGUUUCGCAGGUGAGACGGGCCCUUGUGGAGGUAGAGACGAACGGAGAAGACACGAGGCCGCCUGGGUCUCUCGAGGAUGUGUGGCAGCUUGGCCCAGCGUCUCCCGGGCAUCAACAGGAGACGAACACGGAAUCACCCAGUCUGCGGGAGAAGGCGGGCUUGGGAUCCCCUCAGGGGCAGCCAGACCCUGACCCACAGUCACCCCCGCGUCUGCAAGACCCAGACGUGGAAUCUCCUCAAAGACAGCCGGAGAUAACUCCCGAGUCCCCCCAGCGACAACCAGAGCCAUGUGCGAAGACACCAGAGGUGUCCCGGGGCCAAGGAGAACUGGACGUGUUAGCUCAAAGUACAGAGGAGACGGCCCCGGGGUCCCCAGAGCCGCGUCUGGGUCAGCCGGCUCCAGGUCCGGAGCCCUCACGGCCACCGCUGUCCCCCUCCGAGCCGCGCAGGCCACUCCCGGCUGGGCGGACGGUGGCAAGCCGCCCCCGGGCAAAGGAGCCACACGACUCUUGUGCCCAGACCCCCGCGCUCAAGAAGCUAAAGAAGGAAGAGGAGGAGGUCCCUGUGAUCCCGAUGGGGAAGCCCAAAUCUGGACGGGUGUGGAAGGACCGCUCCAAGAAGAGGUUCUCCCAGAUGGUUCAGGACAAGCCCUUGCGCACUUCCUGGCAGCGCAAGAUGAAGGAGCGACAGGAGAGGAAGCUGGCCAAGGACUUCGCCCGACACUUGGAGGAGGAGAAGGAGAGGCGCCGGCAGGAGAAGAAGCAGCGCCGGGCUGAGAACCUGAAGCGGCGCCUGGAGAACGAGCGGAAGGCGGAGGUCGUCCAAGUGAUCCGGAACCCCGCUAAGAUCAAGCGGGCGAAGAAGAAGCAACUGCGCUCCAUUGAGAAGCGGGAUACCCUGGCCCUGCUGCAGAAGCAGCCGCCACAGCGGCCAGCAGUCCAGGUCUGAGCUCAGCACAGCCAACGAGCUAGCCAGCCAAGCCACUGUGACAGACUGCAGGAGCCGGCAGUCCAGCUCUGGGGCCCCAAACCAGGGACCACCCGGACAGGACUCCUGGGCCCCUGAGGCUCCACCCGGGCAGACCUGGCCCUGGCCACGGGUGGGAGGGAAGAGGGUUGGCUCUCCGCUCCCUUCUCUUU